UACAUAUACUACAACACGGUAAAAGCAACUUUUAUACACUUUAAGUUUAUUUUAUUACACUUUUACCACUUGCAUACACAAUCUCUGCCGUACAUAUCCGUCGAAAAAUCUGAUCGGCUUGGCCAAAUAGUCUCCAUCGUUUCUGAGGCAGCCAAACAGAGUCUUAAGAAGAAAGGAAUGCACUUCCCUCCAUGUCAGAAGGCCGAUUACAUGAGAGCCAAAUGGCUCUCUCCUCACUUCAGAAAAGACCCCAUCGCCAUCGCUGUUCCAGAAUCGGAAUCGGAGAAGGUCAAGUCUGACCUCGAAUCUCAGGACGACGACGGGUUUAGCGAUUGCGGUGAAUUGGAGCCGAUUUUCGGCGAGAAGAGCCUGCCGUCGGAGAACGAUCUCGGCGGAGCUGCCGCCCAAAAAGCUUUUCCGGCGGAUGAGAAAAUUUCGUCAGAGCCGGUUACGGCGUGACAGCCACCGGCGAUUGAACCGAAGAGUGUAGAGAGACGAACUAAAAUCGUUACCGGAUUAGCUUCUCUACUCAAAUAAA